AUGUUUGUCAACAGAUCGGAACAACGGCGAGAGGAUGCCCGAGCCGCUGUGUCUCACCAACAGAUGAGAUCCGAAGUUCACCGUUAUCCUGUCGAUCGAUACUUGGUUGAAAGCAGCAAGAAAAUUGAAAUGGUUAACAUCAUAGAUGAUGAGAUCUGGAACCCAGAGCCGGCGAUAAGACCAGAAGACGAGGUAAUGUUAAGAAAGCUACAUGAAAUGCUGCAAUCAACCGCGGACGACCUAAAGCUGAUCUCAGGAGAAUUGAUGAAAUGUCGCGAGCCAAGGAUACAAUUUAAAACGUCACCCACACCAUUGGAUGAAGAAUUUAAUGAGAAGGUUUACAUUGAAGAAAUUGUAAAUGCUAAAUUUCAUGGAUACAAAAUCUUUGAUAAAUCGCCCUGCAAAAAAGCACAAAAUGAUAUGAAUAAUAAAAAUUCUAACUCUGUAUCGUCUAGGCCUGCGAAAAAAGCACUUAACGCCGCAGUUCAAGUAAAUCAAAUAUCGGCAAGUAAAAAACCGGCUACUAAAAAGAACUUAGCUAUAUCACGUACGAAGAUCGUUGAAAUAGAUGAACAACCGCAAUAUUUUAAUGCAAAAGGCGUUAAACCUUUCAAUCCUAGAAUUAGUACUAAUAAUGGGCCGUUCGUAGCAUAUAAUGAGUUCACAUAUAAAUAUGAAGAGCAAAAAAUAAAACAGAGUAAUCCAAAAUCAUUGCAGAUACAGGAAAUGCCAAGUAUAAAUAUCAGAAGCGAAUUGAAGGAACAGAAAGUUUUACAGUUAGAUAUAUUACCUGAAGAACAAAAAAAUAUAGAGAGCUUGACAAUGCACAGUAAUGUUGGUGUUAUUGCCGUGCAGCACGAAUCUUCAAGCAUAGAAAAAGCACCAGUUACUCACUAUCCACAAGUACACUAUGCAAAACCUGUCUCUAGUAAAUCGAAAGUUAGAAAGGUGUCUAAAAUGUUAACUUGUGAAAGUAGUGAAUCGACUAACCAUGUAAGCUCUGAUACUCAAGAUAGAACAACAAAUCAAAACUUAAUUAAAUCUAACAUUAGAUCAUCACUUAAAUCUUCAACACGAGGCCAUAAUAAAAACAGUAAUGAAAGUAAAUUUAAUAAAAAUGAAAAAGGCAAGCUCCAACAUCGAAACAUCGAUGAAUGGAAGCGACAAUUAGACACUAUUUACGGUCAUCCAUCUACUUCCAGAAAAAACAAAAUGCGUUCAAAAUCAAGUUCAAAAGAGUCGCCUACGAAACCCAACACUUCACCGAGCCAAAAAAAUAUCAAAACGCAGAACUUAUUGAAUAACGCAGAAUAUAUUCCUUAUGCGAAACUUACAUUAGGUGGCGUUAGAGUAAGUGAUAUAGAAAGAGAAAUAUCAGAUAUACCUGACAAAAACAACAUUUCUUUGAAUCCAAUACUUGAUAAAAUUUUAGCGAGCCGAGAAAAUUCUUUUCACGAGGACAAUCCUAAACCAAAUGAAGAAGAAGUAAAUAAAAAUAUCCUGACUACAUCAGAUGAGAAUUUACUUGAGGAAGUACUAGACAUUGAGAAAAAUAUUGCGGAAACAUUGUCUAAAAAUCACAAGGUUAAACAAAAGAAAUCGCCCGAAAGUUCUUUAAAUAUUUUAACCAAUAAUAGCGGAAGCGAUAAGGAAAGCUACGACGACGAUUUUGAAGACGAAAAGUCAGAAAAUACACAAUCAGAGGGUGCUGAAAACGUACAAGAUAACAUCAGUGAUAAAACUAAUCCAAACAUCCAUAAUGCAACCUACACAAAAUCUUCAAACCUAUCAUUUAAAAACUCUGUAGAUAUUUUUGAAUUUAUUCAUUCUAUUGAUACUCAAGACAACGCCACUCAAAGUAAUACUACACACAAAAUAUCUUUAAAAGCUACUCAAACUUCGCCCAGAACAAAUAUACAACCCAUUCGCAACGACUUGUGGCCUUCCGUGCAUCCGAGAGAUGAGGUUGACCAAUUAUUGAAGGAAGAUUUCAUCAGGAAACUUAUUGUCGACGAAUGCGCUAAUAUUUUACAGAAAAAUGUAGCCCAACCGUCUACUUCUAAAGAUGAAAGAGAGAAUGAUAAAGCUAAGAAAAAUUUUACCGCAUCACAAAAGAACACACAAACGUCUCCAGCACACGUAAGAAGCGUUAUGACAUCACCCACAAAAACUAAAACGAGGACAACAUCACCUUUUGCAUUGUCUCUCACUGUUGACCACCAGACCAGUCCAAUAGCAUGUAUAAGUAAUGAAGAGCUACACAUCGAGUUAGGUAAAGUUGACGACCUAGCGGUUUCAAUAAAUUUAUCUUCGCCAAGGUUCAGUUUACGACUUCCACAAAGCUCUCGCGAGGUUAUUUCUAAUCUCGACGGCACCUCAAGUAAACGCAAUCACAAGCUAAACAAAAGUGAAACAAAAACAUUCUUUGGAAAAUUUACUAGUUCGAGUUCCACAGAUGCCGAUUACUCGUCAUCGGAUAUUAGUAGUUUAGGUGAAAUCAAAAAUAAAUUCAAGAGGAAGUUAAGAAAAACUAAAAUUCCUACUAUAUCCGAAUCAAGCGAGUCAUCCAUCGCUUCGAAGUACAGUUCUGACAUUUCCAGUGUCAUUCUUCCGCUGAAAAGCGAGGGUGAAAUUAGUUUAGGGCAAACCGAUAAAGUAAAAUCUAGAAGCGACGGAGAAGUUAGUUUAGGACAAGAAAUACAUUGA